AUGGAAUCGAAAUCAUUUCUCGUUGCAUUGACCAUUUUGAUGGUGCUGAAGGAUAAAGUAUCGUCGGGUGAAGUGAUUGAGGUUCGAAGCAUGCAAGAAUGGGAUCGUCGCAUCAUCCGGAAUAAUAACGGAACGCUAAGCGUCGUUCAGUUCUCUGUCCCAUGGUGCGGAUAUUGCAGAUACAUGAAACCAGAAUUUGUUAAACUUGCUGCCCGGCAUCAAGAUGUAAUUUUCCUGAAUGUGGACGCCGAUCAACAACAGAAUUUAGCAUGGAGGAUGGGCAUUAGAUCUGUCCCCACGUAUAAAUAUUUUAAAAAUGGUCGAAAUGUAGACUCGAUUACAACCUGGCGACCAUCCGUUAUCAAUGACCUCAUUAAUCGAUUGAAAAAUUGA